AUGACCGAGCUUAUCCAGUUCAAGGGGGCACACACGGGUGUAAAACUGGAUGCGGUGACAUGCGACGCCGUGGCACGCAGUUUUCUCAAACGCAUUAGGAGCCACAAUGGCUACUAUGGGUGCGAACGUUGCGAGGAAAAGAGCACACAUCAGGAGAACAGGAUGCUUUUCCUAGAGUUACGUGCCCCUCUCCACACCAAUGAAAGGUUCAGGGAGAAACGCUGCAAGCACCAAAAUACUGGAGAGUCACCAUUUCUCUGUUUGGACGUUGACAUUGUGGCAUUAUUUACGUUGGAUUAUAUGGACCUCAUCUGUUUAGGAGUGAUGAGGAGGCUCCUUGUCAUUUGGAUUGGUGGCAAGUAUGGCAGAGGAAAAUUUAGUGGCGAGCAGCAACAUACUCUCAGCGGAAGGCUGCAGUCCUACCGGUAA